AUGCCCCCUCUUUCCUUCCUUCCCCCACCUUCCCCUCCACUCCGUCUUCCAGGACUUCUGGCACAUCGCUCCGAUCAUCCCUCAGCAAGCCCCUCACGGACGUAUCGGAACAAUCAUCGAUGUGGUGGGCAUCGUGAACUUGAAUCGCCAAGCCGGCCAUACACGUUCUCCAACUGCGAGCGACCGUGGGAACGCAUAUGGCGUAACAUGUCACGUCGUAUUCAUCAAGGUGGAGGCGGAAAGGAACCGAUUCAAGCAGAAAUUUCGGCCGUUAUCUACCAAAAUGGUGGCUUUCAAGGCGGAGCCUCGCGGAAAAAAAUCCGCAAAAGGGACAAAAUCCCAGUCUAUCAGCGCCUUUCUGCUCUGCCGACCAUCUCCGAUAUCCACCGGGAAUCCGCAGAUACUUGCGGCUGGGAACAGAGCCGGUUUUCACUGGGCUUCAGCUUUUUCCAUCGGGGCGAAGCCCCACGUCAGACUUUACAACUUCGUAGACUACCUAAGGCCCCUAGUGCCUAUGAUUCCUGACCCCCUGAGGAUCACCUCUUGCACUGGAGAGGGCACGCCCAUGGCGAUCAUUCCCCUUCCUAGUCCGGCACGGAAACGCCGUUUAGAGGUGCAUCCUAUAGGCGAGCGGGGUAGUCCUGUCUUCUGCUUAACUUUGCAGUCCGGC